UCCUUGUUGUGUUGUCCGGGAUUGUCCCUCCGCAGCCGCCGUCGGGGACACACAUACACACACGCGCGCCCGCGCCUCCGUCACGGCCUGCGGCUCGCUCGCGCUCUCAACGCCUCCCUCUUCCGUCUUCUCCCCCCUUUCCCGCCCGCCCCUUCGCGGACCUUUGGCCCCCCCGGUUAUGCCAGCCCUCGCCCGCCGCUGCGUCCCUUAGCGCGCACCGCCGCCCUCCUCUCCUCGCCGCCCUCCGGCGCCGCUCCCCGCUUUUCUCCUCCGCCACCGCCGCCGGCCCCCUCCCCCCUCCGGGCAGGCCCAGCCUCGCCUCAGGCGCCCGCCCCUCCCCCGCCCGCCGCGCCGGAGUCAAGUAACGGUCGGCCGCGCGCGCCCCCGCCGCCGCCCUCCUCCUCCUCCGCGCGCCCCCGCGCCAGCGCCCCUCCCCUCCCGCCGAGAGCCGCCGCCCCGAUGAAGGAGAUGAAGCAGCGGAGGAAGAAGGAGCGCACGUGGGCUGAGGCCGCCCGCCUGGUGCUGGAAAACUACUCUGAUGGACCUAUGACCCCAAAGCAGAUCCUGCAGGUCAUCGAAUCUGAGGGCCUAAAGGAAAUGAGUGGCACCUCCCCCCUGGCCUGCUUGAACGCCAUGCUCCACUCAAAUUCAAGGAGCUGCGAUGGACUUUUCUACAAGCUCCCUGGGCGCAUUAGCCUGUUCAGCCUGAAGAAAGAUGCUGUGCAGUGGUCUCGGAGCCUGUCUGCUCCGGAAGGAGAGGAGCUGGACGACGCCGUCGAUGCUGAGAGCAGCGGCUCCAACGAAGCCAGCACUGUGAGCGGCGACAAUGAUGUAUCCUUAGAUGAAACCUCCUCAAAUGCCUCUUGUUCCACUGAGCCCCAGAGCAAGAGCACACCUGCUUUACGGGAGAGCCACAGAGCAGUUUCACAGACAAGCAAACAGAAGAAGAAGACUGGCAUGAUGCUUCCUCGUGUAGUCUUGACUCCCCUGAAAGUAAAUGGAGCUCACAUGGAAACUUCAUCAGGGUUGACAGGAAGACAAGCAGGUGGCGAGAGCAGCAGCAGCAGCAGCUUGUCAGCCCCAUGCAGCGCUGCUGUGCGCAGCAGGACAGAGAUUGCCAGGGACCCUCCCCAGCUGCUCAGAGGAUUCCGAAAACCCGCUGGCGGACAAAUGAAGAGGAACAGGGGAGAUGAUGUAGACUUUGAGACGCCGGGCUCCAUUCUCGUCAACACAAACCUGCGGGCACUGAUCAAUUCCCGGACCUUCAACGCGUUGCCCCUGCCCUUCCAGCAGCAGCUCCUGCUCCUCCUCCCUGAAGUGGACAGGCAGGCUGGGACGGAUGGGCUGAUGCGGCUGAGCGGAAGCGCUCUGAACAACGAGUUCUUCACCCAUGCUGCCCAGAGCUGGCGCGAGCGACUGGCGGACGGUGAAUUCACUCAUGAAAUGCAAGUUCGCCUAAGACAGGAAAUGGAGAAGGAGAAGAAAAUGGAACAGUGGAAGGAGAAGUUCUUUGAGGACUACUAUGGGCAAAAGUUGGGCUUGACCAGAGAGGAACCUCUGGAGCAGAACUCGGCGCAACUCGAGGAUACGAAGAAUGGGAGUACCUCAUCUGCCCCAGGUGGCCCCGUGAGGACUCAGCGUGGCCCCGUCACCCGGCAGCGGGACGGGCAUUUCAAGAAGCGCUCGCUCCGAAGCAGAACCCGAAGGAGCCUGUAUAAGCCGCGUGAGCAGGAGCAAGCGGAGAGUGCCAAAGAGGCGUCAUCUGUGGAGCCUGAGCCCCCCAGUCCUAGAGAGGUGGAACCAGAGGUGGCUUUACGCGAAGGGGGCCAAGCCAGUCCGAAGCCGGAGAGUCCACCUGAGGCUGCUCGGCUUCCAAGUGAAGGAGAUGAUGUGGCGACAGCAACGGCAGCAAGCAGAAUUCCCAGCUUGCCCCAGGAGUCGCAGGAUCUGGAGUCCAAGGAGCAGAAGAGAAAGUGCUUUGAGCAGGCUGCCUCUGCCUCCUUCCCCGAGAAGAAGCCCCGGCUUGAAGAUCGUCAGUCCUUUCGUAACACAAUUGAAAGUGUUCACCCAGAAAAGCCACAGCCCACCAAAGAGGAGCCCAAAGUCCCACCCAUCCGGAUUCAACUUUCCCGCAUCAAACCCCCCUGGGUGGUUAAAGGUCAGCCAGCCUACCAGAUAUGUCCUCGGAUUAUCCCCAAUCCAGAGCCCUCCAGCCAGGACGGGGCCGGGGCCACGGCCUCUGCUGACUGUAAGGCCUGUGCUCUGCAAGGCAGGAUCCAGCGAGAGGCUGCUGCUCCUGCCUCCGCCAUUGGAGGUGGGGGUGGGCCAGGAGGAGGUGGAGGCAGCAGCCCGGACAAAGGCGGCGGCGGCGGCAGCAGCGGUGGUGGUGGUGGCGGCAGCACCGGUGGCAGAGGCCGGCAAUCCAGUAACCGCCCAAAGCACUGGAGGGUCAAGAGAGCUCGCGGGAAGUGUCUGUCAAAUUUACAGCGAACACAGCUAUUGCCGCCUUCCCACCUAGAGCUGCCUGUCUCUGAGCUGGUGAGCACAAACUCUCCCACCUACGGGAAAGAGGCCUCCCCUCCCAGAGCGGAGGGUGCCACACCAUUGAGACAGACGGCUGACCUGCCCUCGCUUGCAGCUGAAGGCGCUGUUUGCCUUGCCGAGGCUUCUGGAAGCAGCUGCUCGGAUGGCACUCUGGCCAAGCUGCCCCUCGAUUGUAUAGCCAUGGUGGCACUAGACAGCCACUUUAGACAUCUCCCGAGUGACACGAGCGGUGGGCAGUGUCCAGGUGCUGCUUCUCAGGGGGCUCCUCAUCAGCAGGAAGGAACAGAACUUCGUCCAGGGAUCCAUCGCAGUGGCCCUUGGCUAGAGGACUUGCCAGUCAAUGCCUUUGGAGAUAACCUGAGAGCAGAAGGGUGUGGAAAUGCUCAUCCCGUCGUCCUGACCUGCAAGGAAAACUCCUCUGGUGGUUUCAGCCCUGUGGCAGCUUCAGCACCUGAGAGCCAAGAGCCGGGGGCAGCCGAUGUGGAGGAGAGACCCGCAACUGGACUUCCAGCGGGGCAGCAUCGCCCUGACCCAGGGCAUUCGGGCGCUAUUGGGAUGGAGGACGCAGCACCACAGUUUCACGUGGCCCCGCUUCAGGUGACACGGCAGUGGCAUGGGGAAGAGAGACCGAGUGGUGGUGAUGAGGACGAAGCUUCUCAGACAAAACCCGUUCCACCGCCGGGUGGCUUAACUGCUUCUUCUGGUGCAGGGCCCCCCCGCAGCAGCCCUCCUCAGUGGGGGACUCUGGCAGCCGGAAGGGAGAUGGGUGUGCGAGAGCUGGAAGUGAUGCAAAACACCAGCCCCGCCAGCGACGAGGAAACCAGGAGCAUGCUGAGUGAGACGACGGAGACAGCGUCCGACUUGGAAGCUGAGCUGACUGAUGAGAAUGCAGAGCUGGACCAGGCUAAAGGAGACGGGGCUGCUCCCAGCAAGAGCGGCCUGGAGGAUUAUGCCAGGAUCAAAGCUGAUGGUUCUGCAAGAUCGGACUUCUGCACGCCCAUGGGAGACUUGCCUUCAGCAGCGGGGCCUGUUGAUCCCUGUCGGCCAGAAAAGUGGGGGCCACAGCGGUCUCUUCCCCAGCAGUCUGCAGGAUCUUCUUCCUGUGUUGACGUGGAAAGCCAAGAGCCGCAGCCACCCUUGAGGACUUCCAGGCCUCUGUCUGUAGAAGCGAACAGCCCCCUUGUGGUGCAGUUGCUCAAGGCGAGUCUGCCUCUGCAGGCUGUUCUCCCAGGGGCUCUAAACAACUCAAAGGUGGGCCCGGCAGAACACUGCAGCCCCCAGUCGGGGAGCAGGAGGGCCAGCUCCUGUGCCCAGGGGCCCCCUCAGGCUGAGCCGCUGGGCACGACGGAGGCAACCCGAAAUGGACACCCUGCUCCCCUGAGGGACUCCCCCAAAAGGCAUUGCGCUCCUGGCCUAGCAGCCUUACCCAGAGAGAGCCAGGAAAAACAACCCGACAGCCUAGAGACGUGCCCCGACUUCAGUCCCAGCUCAGGCGCCGCAGGCCGAAUGGCGCGUGUCACCCAGAAGCCGGAGAAGCUGGGCUUGAGGGGUGGGCUGUUCUCUCCCUGCAUUUGUGAAGGUCAAAAAGAGCCUGCAGCUGCCCCUGACUUGCUGCAAAAGACAUCUGCAGCAUCUACCCUGGGUGGGAAUCCCCAAGAGAAGCUAAAGCCAACUAGAUUUUUUCCUCCCAGCAGCGCCGCUCUGGGUCCAGAUCAGUUCAGUGGAGAUUCCGUUCCUAAGAACCACGGCGUUCACGGGAAGAAGGUCUUUGGUUCCAGCUUCCCCUGCAGCAUCACUUCUAGGGCGCAGCCCCCCAAAGGGCUGGAGCCCUGUCCCGUUACGGGCACACGGCCCAGCAAGCCAUUGCCUCUUCCAAAGAGUGUCGCGCCAGGAGUUGACGUGCAAGCCGUCAGGGAGGACUGGCCUCCUAAGCAGCGCACGCAUGUUGGCAGCGGCGGGGUUGAGAACAAGCAUAUUCUGGCAUGUUCUGGUCCUGCCAAGAGGAAUGUGGAGAAAAGGAAGGAGGCGCCGCCCAGCCCUGCGGAUCUGAUGGAGCAUCUCCAGAGUUCCCCCUCGGUGAAGGACCUUCCUUUCUUUAAGUUGCCGAAAGAGCUGGGAAAGGGAGUCCCCCAGCCCCUGGAACCUUCUUCCAUCCCUUCGCAGCUGAACAUCAAGCAGGCGUUCUAUGGGAAGCUUUCCAAGCUGCAGCUGAAUUCUCCUGGCUUUAAUUGUGCCUCCAACACGCCAGUCUUUCCCAGAAGCCUUGCAGAGAGCAUGAUGCAGCUAAGCCACAAGGCAAACUUUGUAGCCUCCCAUGGUGUCUCUCUCUCCGCGCAGAUGUUCGCCGACAGCAGCGGCAUGGAAGAAAUUUCACUCAAGUGUUCGUGCCGCCUUAAAGCCAUGAUCAUGUGCUGUGGCCGUGUUGCAUCCAAGUGCUGUCAGUUCCUCGUUGCUAUUCGGAGUCCAAGCGGCUGAGCUCUGCCUUGCCUGGCCUGAGGCUGGUCCUGCCUCAUGCCAGUGUGCCAGGUGGGGGAUGGCGGUGGGCCGUGUUCGUCGUGCCCACCCAAUGCCUCCUGCUCAGAAGUAUGGGCCUGGAUCUGUUCUGCUAGCGCUGGUGCUUAAGUCCGGUGCCGGGAGCCUUCCCGAUGCAAGAGGCUGAAAAAAAAGGCUUCUUGUGCUGCUGCUGCCGGCAGAAUUGAUCCAAGGGGUUCCCCAACCCUUUGCUUUGUGGAAGCCGAAGAGUGUUGUAGAGGCAAAUGCCCUGGGGGGGUGUCUCUGGCUAGUGAGUGUGAGCAGGCAGCUCAUCCUGCCCUGGGAAGCUCCUAGAAAAUGACGGGUUUUCGGAGGGGGGGGGGGAGGCGUUGAGGGAGGAAGCCAAUUUUCUGUUCUUAAUAAUGCGAAUGGAUAGCGAGGGUUCGUCCUCUUCCUCCUCCUGUCUUGAGUUCCUACCUACCUCUUCCUUGACCGGGCUCCUCUUUUUCUUUAACUGUAGACCUCCUUGCUUAAGAGCUGUAGAAGUGUUAAAAAUUGGGGCUUCGUCAUCUCCAAAACGUUUACUCUCUUAACCAACGUGGCAGCUUUUUUAGUAGGAUAUGUGGGGGGGGGGGCGGGGGCGGGGGAGAGAUUACAGUGAAACAAAUUGUGGUAUUAAGGGCAACUAAGCUGAUGGCCUGAAACCUGCUUACCAAAGAUGGGGGCAGAAUGGGGCCUCCUUGCUCUGCAUCCUCCAGGGCCGCUGUUGUGUACAGACUCAUGCCGGUCUGGUGGGGGGGGGGGAGGGUGUCCUCUCUGACAACCCCUCGUGUUGUAUGUCCCUUGUGGUAUUGGAAAAAUAAACAUUUUGAAAA